AUGAAUAAUUUAAAAGCAAAGUCCCAGGUGCUAAUUCAUCAACCUGGACCAGAUGCAUUAUUUGAACUCAAUAAAAUGAAUCUCAAAACGAUAUUUGCAAAUCAUAAACCUCUGGAUAACCGAAUUUCUUUAGCAGCAUUUAGAAAUUUCUGUAAAAAUUCUCAUGUUGUCCCAGUACAUUUUACAUAGGAUUUGCUUUCUGUAUUUGACUUAAAGCGAAUUUUUACAAAAGUUACUCAGAAUCAAUCUAAUAAGUCUUCGUUCUCUUAUCAGAAUUUCGAGCAAAGUUUGAAGUACACCCUCUUUAACAAAUAAUUAUUGCAGUAUUUAAAAUUUUAGAAUAUGCUAACAUUUUAAUUCUCAUAUAAAAGAAAAAUCACAAAACUCUUUUAUCAUUUAUUUAAUAAGAUAAUAAUUAUUCUUUACUAUAGUUAGAAAUAAAUCUGGGGUUUACACGCUCCAAAUGAUUAAUGCUGCUUUUAAAUAGCUUUAGUAGAGUGUAUAUUGCAAUUUCAGGAUUCCAUACAUCAGUUCCAUUGUCAGAUAAACUUCAAAUGCUGUUUCUUCACAUAAAAAGUCCCUGCAAAAAAGUUUAUAAAGUAAAUUUAUCAACAUCACUGAAAUCAAGACCAUCAACUCCGUUUUCUCAUGAGAAUUCUGAGCCAGAGCGGGAUGAAAAUAGAUCUAGCCAAAGAGCAUACACUCAAAAGCUUGGAUUAAAUAAAACAAGCGGACGUUCACAUAUAAAGAUCCCCUUAGAUAUUGAUACAAUAUUAGCAUUUCAAAGAAGAUCUCCAUUGAAAGCUAACUCUACCCAAAGAGAAAGGGUAUCUCCUUAUAGGAUGAUACCUUGUUUAUCAUAUAAAUCAAUAUCACAAGAUGCUAGCCCUCUUUAUAGAGCAUCAACUCGUAGAGAGAAAGUAGCUUGCACUGCAGCAAACUCCAGAAGGAGCUCUCAGGAUACUAGUGACAAAAAUAAAACUAAAGAAAUAUGUGAAGCUACUGUAAAACUUGUAGGAAAAAGGCAUCACAGAGCGAUGUCUGCAGAAACUUAUAUGGUGCAGAGCCCAAAAUUUGGAGGAAACUCCUGCACCCCAGAAGAAAGUUUUUCAAGCUUAGAUGCUACACCAAAAAGUUUCUUUCAGAAAACUUUGAAAGAAAAACAAAUAGAAAAUCUAUUUAAAAAUUUUAAAGAAAAAAACCAAAAUUUAGUCUUAAAGAAGACGAAGAAAGAGCCUUAUUUAACAAGUCUAAGGAAGCAUAGAAAUUAUAUUGAAAAAAUUAGAGACAAAAGCUUUUCAAAAAUGAUGAUAGCAAGAAUUAUUUUUAAUUCAUGGAGAGGUCUCAAAAAUAAAACUUAA